AAAAUCAAUUCCAAUGAUUAUGUGCUACGAUCGUACGAGCUGAUCAAACAGUGUGAUAGGAAUAUUGUUUUCUUGGGAGUACAAUGUGGUUUAUGUGGAUAUGGAAAUGAGAGGACUCUGUGAUACAAUCAGUUAGACUUUGCGGGAGACGCACUGUGUAGUGAGCGAUGAGCAGGCCAACUCGUACUGGUGCGUCUCAGUUGGACGAAGUACAUUUGACCAACCGACUUCGUGAAGCUAUAAAAUCACUUCUUGACAACUUCACGGCCAUUCUCAAAUCAGCGAAGAUUGAGGAUGAAAGUCAGAUUGCAGACAAUGUCAGUGCGGAACACAGUGAGCAGCAGAUGCAAGUCAGAGCAUCUAACAUGGUCCGUGCUAGUGAGGCCUUGCUACGACUGACUGGUGAUAUCAAGGAAUGCUUGAUUCUCAACGAUCUACCAGCCUUGCACCAGCAACACACUGAAUAUCAGGCUCGGUUGGAUGCCAUGGACAAGCUCACACAGGAGACAAUGCAGAAAGUCCGUAACUUGCUUGCCAGUGACCUGCAGAUGCUGCAGGAACACUCUUGACACGCACAGUUGAUUUACAUUGCUUUUUUCCUCUUCUCAUACCAAGUGCAUAGCUGCCUGUGCCACGGGGGUAGGGGGUUAUGCACUCUGGAUCUACUCCGGAUACAAAUUCAUGAACAUAGUCAUACAGUGCACAUGGCUGUACUGUAUUCUUCUUCUUUUUAUCUGCAUAUGGCUGUCUGUUGUACAAAGGUGUGAAUCUCUCUCUCUCUCUCUCUCUCUCUCUCUCUCUCUCUCUCUCUCUCUCUCUCUCUCUCUCUCUCUCUCUCUCUCUCUCUCUCAUUCGCUCUCGUGUUGAGCUACAUGUGUGCUAAUUUCCUGCUGUGUACAUUUGCAUUGUAAUGAUUUGCUGGAUAGGGAGACAUCACGUAUGUUGAUCUGUAAAUAUGCCUCGUGUGUUUCUUCUGCAUGAAGUAGUUCUUGUAUUUUGUUGUAAUUUUUUUAGAGAAGUGCAUAAUUAUUAUGUUCACAUCUGAAUCCCUGCACCACUAUUUUUAAUUCAGUACUACGCAGGCCAUACUUUAUAAACCAUCCAAAACUAACUUCCGAACCAGCA